AUGGAAGAGGGAACAAAGUCUAAGAAAACGGUGUUUGUGGGUGGGCUGGCAGAUAAUGUGGAUGAGAACCUUCUCCUGGAGACCUUCUCGACCUUUGGCGACGUUAUCGAGGUCCAAUUGCCCACGCAGGUCGCCCAUGGAGCGCAGCCGACAGAGGCUAAGCACCGAGGGUUCGGAUUUGUCACUUUCUCGUCCGCGGGGGACGCGCAGGAUGCCAUUGACAAUAUGGACAUGAACGAGCUACAAGGGAAGGUGCUCAAGGUCAACAUUGCUCGACCGAUGAAGGCGCAGCCACAACUACAAGGGAACCGCGCAGUAUGGGAGUCUGAAGAGUGGCUCAAGGAGUACGCAAAACCAUUAGCAGAAAGCGGAGGUGUCCAAAACAGAGGCAAAUCAGCCGAAGCAGAAAAUGCAGAGCAAGACGAGGCUAUGGAAGAGUAA